ACAAUUCAGUUUGAAUUCAUUUGACGUUUAGUUGUAACAAAAAUGACGCCUGUCAAACAGAUUUUUGUUGUAAACUUGUUUUUGGUUUGGGGUAUUGUAGUUGUAUGGUAUUGCAAACGCUUUUGUUGCAGUUUUGUCUAAUUUCAGCAAAUUGGAAAUUUAAAUACAAUUUUUGUGAAUUUUGUGUAUAUUAUAAAGGUGUUUUUAACUAAAUGUUCAACCAGUAGACUGAUUUAGAGUUAAACUAGUUAUACUACUACAAUAAUGACCUGCUUGUUAUGCAUGGAUGAUGGCACAACGCCGGCACAGCGUUUCAUUGAUAUUUUCUCUGAAGAAGGCUGCCAAAUGACUGUCUGCAGCAUCAUUGCAAAGCAUCUUUGGUUGAAACCCGAGAAGGAUAUACGCACAGGUCAACGUAUAUGCUGGACAUGUUGGGAAGCUCUAAGAGAUUUUCACAUAUUUUACCAGCGUGUGGCUGAGGUACACAACCGCGCUGAUUGGAAGACACCGUUUGCCGGUAUUGAGCAGGAGCAUGAGAACGAUCCGUUGCCUCAAGAAAUACAACUUAAAUCGGAAGAAACUCCGGAUUUAGAGGAAAAGAUACAGAACUCUUCUGCCAAUGCAGAUGAGUUUUUGUUCGAUUCUGAAGUGAAGUUGGAGGUCUACGAUUUAGAUUUACUACCACAAAUUGAAAUAAUUGAAGAAAAGACACUGAUUAGUGAGAGAGCACAACGUGCUAAACGAAGGGGUCGACCUGCUAAAGUAUCAAACGCUAAAACAACAUCUAAGCGCAUAAAACUGGAGGGCCCUCAAACAUCCGACAAAGACGACGAUUCCGAAACAGAAUUGCCUCUAUCUGUACUCUUGAAUAGUGAUUCAAUAAAAGUCGAUGCCACAGAAGAAGCAAAACCUUCGUGUGGUACGUCUGGUACAGCAUCUAAGGAAGAAGCUUCGGCUGAAACUGCAACUGUUACACAAACAGAACCGGAGAAGAAAAAACGUGGAAGGCCAAAAAAAGUUAAAAAUGAAGAAGGUAUUUCAGCACCCGCGGUAACACAGAAACCUAAAGAAAAGUCUGAAAACAAAGAAAGUAAGAAAGAAGUAAAAAAUGAACCUAUACACACAAAUAGUGACGAUGAAUUUGACGAUGACGACCAAGAGUAUAUCGCUGCAAGUUGUUCGGCGUCAGAUGAUAGCGCCGAUUCCAGCAGUGACAAUUCAGACUCAAACGACAGCCUACCCGACUUCGAACCUAAGGCAGAAUAUGCUGUCAUACCGAAAAGAAAAGUUGUUAAACCCAAAAAGUAUCGCAAGCGUCCGAAACCACUUGUGCCACCUAAACGUAUGUCCCGUGAAGAGAUCGAGGCAAAACGGGCACAACAAGAUGAGUAUGAUAAAGUAAUACGACAAUUUUUCGGACGAUUUGCCUGCCCCAUCUGCGGACUACUUGUACAAAACUUUGCCGAAAUUCGAGGCCAUUUCCGAGCUUCACACACCGAGGAGAACGCUUUGCAUAUCGGCUAUAUGAUGUGUUGUGGCCGUAAAUUUCCACAGCGGAAAGCAUUGGCUGAGCAUAUAUAUUUACAUUGGAAUCCAGAGCAUUUCAAAUGUGAGACGUGUGGCAAACUUUUAACAGAUAGUUUCAAACUGGAACAACAUAAGGAGGCGCAUGUAAAUCCGCCAGGACCAAAGGAGCGUAAAAUGUUCCAAUGUGAUAAAUGCCCGAAAGUAUUUACAACAAAGGCGGCUUUUGAACACCAUUCGUUUUCAAAGCAUGUUCCCAAAUCAGAAUUCAAAUUUUCAUGCACUCUAUGCAGUAAAAAAUUGCCAACGCAACGUAAACUCAAAGAUCACAUGAAAUACAAUCACGACCCCGAAAGCACAAUUAUUUGUGAAAAAUGUGGUAGACAAGUACGUACACAAUAUCUGAAGAAACAUCAUCAAUUGGAGCAUUCUGAAGUACCACGACCAGUGCCAAAACCAAUGCAAUGUCAAAUAUGUGGCACUUGGCUGCGGCAUUUAUCAGGCCUUAAGCAACACAUGAAAGCAAUACAUGAGGACUCGGGUGGUGAACAUCGUUGUCAUAUUUGUAAUAAGGUUUCAACUACAUCACGUGCACUAAGGCGACACAUUUACCUCAAUCAUGAAUGCGAACGUAAAUUCAAAUGUACGAUGUGUGAAAAAGCUUUCAAACGACCGCAAGAUCUUAGGGAACAUACCUCAACGCAUACCGGUGAAGUGUUAUACACUUGCCCUAAUUGUCCAAUGACAUUUUUCUCCAAUGCUAAUAUGUAUAAACAUCGACAACGUUUGCAUCGUGCUGAAUGGGAAGCAGAUAGAAAGAAACCUCGACAUAUAGCCAAUAUUAUGGCCCAGGCUAUGGGUGCAACCGCCGCUUCAAGAGCGAAACAAGCUGUGGGUGCUGCUUCGGCAUUUUUUGCGCAGAAAAUCAACACAAAUGACAGUACGGUGAGCGUGGAGAGAUUUAACAACACAAAUCCAGAGCCUGUGCAGCAACAACAUUUAGAAAUGAGUAUUUAAUAAAAGUUAAAGAGAUUAACAAUGUAAGCGCAUAUAUGUAUAUGUGUACAUACAUACAUAUAGAAACAUAAUAUAAUAUAAUUAUUUUUAAGAUAAAUUUAAAGCGUUUCAAGUAAAGGAUAUUAUAGAAUUAAUAAGUUAUACCGAGUAUAGGUAAAAAUGAUAAUAAAAGUAUGUUUAAAUUUUUUUUUAA